GGAUUUAGCCGACGUCAGUGCCGUCCAUAAAUCGAUAUGAUCGCAAAUCGAUCCGACAUAAAGCUCUAUUUAUAGCUCUAAGUAAACACGAACACUUGAUAGGUCGGUAUAAGUUAGUGGAUGUGAUGAUUUGUGUUGUAUACCGCCGUGAUUACUUAGCUUGAUAUUUGUAUUACGAUUGAAGUUUGCCGGACGAAAUAUUUGUUUUGACACGUGACACCAAAAGAUUGCAGCAAUGACUAACUCUAGCACUGCCACCAGCACAUCGUCAGGUCGCCUGUGACCACAUUUCAUUUUUUUUUAUUAAAAUAAUUGUUGUUGUUGGCUAGAGAAGAUUAAUAUGACGUCACCAUUCGUGAUUCACAAACAACUGGCCACUGGGCGGUUCGUCAAUGUUUACCAGCUGGGUACACACGAUCAGGGAACGUUUAUCCUUAAGAUACUGGACACCUCUACAGCAGACGCCGAGAAAACGAAAGCGGAAGUCGAGUCUGUCCUUGACCUGAAACACCCCCACGUCCAGCAGUGUUGCUCGUACAGUUUCGACUCUGACCGGAAGUUGUACUUGCUGCUUCAGGAGGUCAAGUGGUCACUACAACAUGAGCUGGAGAAACGAAAUUUUAAGUGGAACGACGAUUUUAAACUGCUGGCUCAGAUGGCCGAUGGCCUCAAGUUCCUACAUUCCAAGAAUGUAUGUCACGGCCAUCUUAGGACUGAUCACGUGUACCUAGACAUGGACAGAAAUAUCAAGUUGGGAGAAGUGGCCAUUGUCAGAAAACCGGACAACUUGACCAAGCCCGUCAUGUUCUAUGAACUGAAUGCCGGCAGACCGUGCUACCUGGGGCCAGAGGUCAUUGACCACAAGCCCUACACAACCAAAACAGAUGUCUGGAGCCUGGGCUGCAUAUUCCUGGAAAUCUUGAGCCAAAAGGCGCCUUUUAUCUACGGCAAUCUGGCAGGCAUCACAAGCGGCGUCCAUCCAAAAAUAUCCACAUUACGGCAUGGCUUACCUCUAUCAAAUUUGAUCGACAAGAUGUUGGCAGUUGAGCCGAGCAUGCGCAGUACAGCGGCGGAAGUGUGUGACACAUUGAAGGAUAUCCGAGGAAUGGAAGUGGUAUCAGCAGACGUGACAUUCCUGCCCAGGCUGUACCUGGACUGGGGGAAGGUGUAUGCUGCCCUCGCCAAGUACAGGCACGAUGUUAUUGUGGGGACAAAGUCAACGUGUUGCUCCUUAUUGUAGCGGGCCCUGUCUCCUGAUGUAAUGGUCCCUGAUGUAAUGGCUCCUGUCUCCUGAUGUAAUGGUUCCUGUACCAUCAUGUAAUGCCCCCUGUCUCCUGAUGUAAUGACCCCUGAUGUAAUGGCCCCUGUCUCCUGAUGUAAUGGCCCCUGUCUCCUGAUGUAAUGGCCCCUGAUGUAAUAGCCCCAGUCUCCUGAUGUAAUGUCCCCGCCCCUGAUGUAUUGGCUCCUGUCACAUCAUGUAAUGCCCCCUGUUAUUUUAUGUAAUGUCCCCUGAUGUAAUGCCCCUGUCCCCCUGAUGUAAUGUCCCUUGUUCCAUCAUGAAAUGGCCCCUUGUCCAAUCAUGUAAUGGCCCUUAUCCUAUCAUGUAAUGGCUCCUGUCAUAUAAUUGAAAAUAAACGCUGUGAUUUCAUGAAGCUGAUAUAUAAAUAUUUGCCUUUAAGAGUUAUCAAAAAGCAACCUUAGUCAUCUAACUGGCAAUAAAAGAUGGUUUGACUAUUAUUUUUAUUAUUUUUUUUUCUGAUGUGUGCUAUUUUACUUUGUUAUGAAAAUAUACUAAUGCCACCAAAGCUCCACAUCACAUAACAACCAGAAAAUGCACUAUGUUAUUCUUGCUAAAGCUCCAUAUAACAAUUAGAAAAUGUACAAUGUUAUUCUUGCUAAAGCUCCACAUAUCAACCAGAAAAUGUACACUGUUAUUAUUACUAUAUAACAAUUAGAAUAUGUACUGUAAAGUCUUAUUCUUGCUAAAGCUCCACAUUACAACCAGAAAGUGUACAAUGCUAUUAAA